UGUAUUAGGAGCUAAAUAAAUAACAUUAUUUUAAAUUGAACAUAUUUAUGAGUAAUAAAUUAUUUAAAUGUUCUGACUUACCUAAAUUUUGACCUACUAUUUGUAUCGCUUUUCGAUUGAAGUUUGGAGUGAAUUUUUUAUGCUUGAAUUGAGUAUAUAAAAAUAAUGGUUUUAUUUACAGGACACACUGGAAAUAUGACGAUUUAAAUAUUUUAUGAUAUUGUUCUACUGUUUGUGAAUUAGAAGCUAAUUAAUAUUUCUGAGAAAAGCCUACCUUUAAACUAUUAGAUGUGUAGAUUGCCUUUUAACUAUUAGAUCUAAUAAGGCCAAAAUUAUGUAGUUUAAUAAUGUGAUGUAUACUUUGUUUGUGAAAACAUUAAGCCUUCAGCUCAUUGUGAAUUUUGAUUUGUUUCUAUACUAGCUUGAAACUUUUUUUUUUUUUUUUUGUACUGCUUAGUUAACUGCGUUUUCACCGAAAAGUCAUGAACUCUCUGGAUACUUUGGAGAGCAUUCGUAAACUCACUGUCAACUUUGGAGAGAAACAUACAUUUGGAUACUAUUUCAGUGAUGUAUCCAAGGCUGCCUAUAUUUUUAUAUAUGAGACAUGCAUACUUUUGUUUACUUAUUUAUUGCUGUUAUUUUACCUGUAUACACAGUGAUUUGUUUGCUUAAAAUCAGAUUUGCAUAAACCUGGCAUCAUGUGCAACAUCGACAGCAAAAUCCUAAAGUGAGAAGGGAAAAAAUAGGCCAAUGAAGUCUUACAUUAUGUUCUAUGUAUGCAGAAAGCUAAGUCUGAUAAUAAUGAAGACAACGGAAACUGCCGUACACAGUUUAUCACCACAUUCAAAUUUCCAUAUGAAUGAUGAUGAUCUGCAGACAGAUGGCAAAAAUAUCCAUAGCUGUUUGGAGAGAUGAUAUACACAUACAUGGAUUGCUACAUAAAUACUUUUUGGUAAAAUGGUACAUUGCCUCUUCAGUAUUUUUUUAUGGUGUUUUGGCUGGGGUAAAGUAAUCAGAAAGUAUCUUUUUUUUUUUUUUUUCUAUGUCCUAUUUUGCAUUUUCAAUUGAUGCAAAAAGGUUGACCAUGCUUUGAUGUUCUGUGGGUUAUAGUUGUUCAUUUUCCUAUUUUAAGUCAUUCUGUAUGAAACAUAAAGUGCUCAGAAGAAGUAAAGAUGUCUAGAAGAUUAUGUAUAUCUUUUUUAUCUGUUCUUAAAUGCAACUGUAAAAACAAAUUUUAAUGAAUUUAAAUAACUUUAAAUUCUAUAUAUUGCUGUAAUAUUUUACAUACUAUCUAGAUUGACUUCUGCAUAUCAAUUAUAUAAAUUUUACAUUUCUUAUGAUUUCUGAAAUAUUCUGCAGGUCAGUGGUGGUUUCAGUUUUGCACUUUUAUAACAUAUUUAAAUAUUUUUAUCACAUUAAAUAUGUUGCAAUAGUUAUUUUUCAUUUAAACUCUCUUUAAUAAAAAUUUCCUUUUUGUGUUUUCAAAACUUACCCAGUUUACAGAUAUAAAACACUUUUCAGUUAACAGUUUUCAGUUAUUCUGCAUUAAAGUACCAAAUACUACAAAUCAGUGGGAAAAUAUAUAGAUAUAUGUAAUAAAUCUGUUAAACUGUUCCAUUAGAUGUAAUAAAACUGCUCCAUUGUUGUGAUAAAACUGUGUUAUUAUCGAAAUAAGAUGACAUGGUGAGAGUUGCAACAGAUUGGCAUCGGAGAAGACUGCAUCAUAACUGGAAGACUUUGCUGCGUAGUUACAAAGAAGACACUCGAAGAACCCACAUAAUGGUUUAGAAAUUAAACAGCUGCACUAAAUGCUUUUUCUUCAUUUUUGAAAAAAAAUAUACACAAUUGGCCGCAAGCAUAGGCAACAUCAGCAGUCCCCUAGGAUGCCAUUGAAGUUAUUUUCAUGAGCAGCUACUAAACCACAGAAAAUUUAAAUGUCUGGAUUUGUUGCUGUCCAUGUUGGUGCUGGAUACCAUGCAGAUAAUCUAAGGCCACUGUAUAAGAAAACAUGUAAAAAUGCAUGCAAAGUUGCAGUUCAGUUGCUUCAAGACCAAUGCAAUGCAGUAGAAGCUGUUAGUGCAGCUGUUGCAGUACUUGAAGACUGUCCACUAACAAAUGCUGGUAUUGGUUCUAACCUUUCUAUAACUGGAAGUGUUGAAUGUGAUGCAGGUAUAAUGGAUGGUGCAAGUUUAAACUUUGGUUCUGUUGGUGCUUUGUGUAACAUAAAGAAUCCUAUAAAAGUUGCCCAAAAUGUAUUAGAAGAACAAAACAGAGGAUUAUUAUCACAUGGUCGUAUUCCACCAUGUAUUUUAGUUGGAAGUGGUGCUUUGGAAUGGGCAAAAGAACAUGGCUUUUGUGAGAUUGAUCAAAAACAGCUUUCAACUGAAGUUUCCCGUGCAGUAUAUUUGAAGAACAAGUCUCUGUUAAAAAAAGUGAUCCCUUCAGAGCCAAAAUCAAAUUUUAUUUCUGAUACUUUAGAACAAAGGUCUUUUGGUGAAAGUACUUUAUUAGAUACUGUGGGAGCUGUGUGUGUAGAUGCAUUUGGAAAUGUUUCAAGUGCUGUAUCAAGUGGAGGUCUCUUACUGAAACAUUGCGGAAGAAUAGGUCAAGCUUCUGUUUAUGGAUCUGGCUGUUGGGCUGAAAAUUCUUUAUCUACUGAGAAGCCCAGUAUAGCUUGCAGUGCUACUGGUGUAGGAGAAUAUCUAAUUAAAACUGUAUUUGCUAAAGAAUGUUGUCAAAUGUUAUGUGACAAUGCUAAUUCUCUAACUGCUUUACCAGAUGUUUUUAGGAAAAAGUUUUUAGAUUCACCAUAUAUAAGAACAGUUGGCCAAAAAUUAGCUGGAGUUCUGGUUCUCAAGUCAUAUUCUGAUGAAGGAUAUUGUGAGCUUGGAUGGGCACAUACUACUAAAACUAUGAUUUUAGGUUAUAUGAAUGUCAAUGGAAAGAAGCCUUUUGCUGUUGUGUGUGCACAGCCUGAAGGAUCUAGAUAUGGUGAAAGUAUUGUGGGUAGUGAAAAGUGUUUUAAACUGUCUUGAUUAACUAAUGAUUCAAAAUGAAGUUCUUUUUUUAAAUUUUAUGGCCUUGUGUUCCAUUUUAAUUAUUUCAUACCUUCAAAAUCUAACAUGCUGCUUUUUAUUUCUCAUAUUUUGGUAGCUGUUAUGUAUGUCAACAUGACAUAUAUUCUAAACAUGCUAACAAAACAGCAUAAAUAUUUUAGUUUAUCAUACAUAUUUAAGCUUUCUUGUCAUGUUUUUUCAUUGACCUUAAAAAAGGUACUUAUGUAUUAUCACAUCAGCUCUGAAAAUUGGUGGAGAAUUCACAAAAUUUGUGCCAGUCGUUCCUGAAAAUUCUGAAGGAACUUAUGCCUCUUUAUUUAAAAAACAAUUUGUAUUUGACUAACUUUGUGCUUCAUAAAUACCCUUUUCUUGAUUUUGGCUAUUUUGUUAGGCCCUUCCAUUUUAAUGAAAUUUCUGUUUAGAACUUUAUGAGCACAAGCACACUUUUUUUAUACUUGGAGGAUCCCAUAACUUUGAAAAAUAACCCACUAUUUACUGUUCUGUAGAAGGCAGGUCCCAACAUUUAAUCUUUUUUUUUUCCCCAAAAAAUCCAAGGGGUGAAAAAAGUAAUAACAGUUAAUCUACAUCCUUGUUCAUAAAAACAAAAUGUGGCUUAUCCAGAAUCUGAUGAGGUUACAUCAAACAAAAGCAUAGAUGUUAUGAUUGUGUUAUUAGGCCAUGCUUAUCCCUAAUUGGCACUAAAUCGAGCUGCUUGGUGACAGUUUCAUGCUUGACAGGAUAAUACAUAAGUAUCAAAAUGACUCUUUUAGUGGAAUAACUUGUAAUAUUUAAUAACUGGUAAAUUUCUAUUUGUGGUAUUAAUUUUAAGUGUUACAUAAUUUAUAUUUAUUUUUUAUUUAUUAUUGUUAAUUUAAAUUUAUUUUUACAUAAUUUAUAUUUAUUUUUGUUGCUAAUUUUUUAUCUUUUUCUAAUUAAUUUAGUUUUAUUGCUAAGAUGCUGAAAACUCAUAUAUCUCUUCUUUAGAUCGGAUUUUUAGUAUUACUUCUUUAGAUCAUUCAUAUAUAUAUAAUGAUCAGUUGUAGUCAAAUCAUGGCUCAUGAGUGAAUGCAGGUCUUUGAUGCAUUACAUAUGACUGAAGGUAACGUGUGGACAUUUCGCUACCAUAAUUAAGAGAACGGGCAGAUAAAAAAUUUCCAAACCUUAUUUAAAGAAUGCAAAAUGACAUUUUGCUUGACUAAAAUAUAAAGCAAUGUGCUUUUCAAGUAAACAGUUAAAGAAUUUAAAUCAUUAGCAAUUUUUAAGUUUUGAAAAUGCAAGGAUUAUGCAUGGCUGCAUGUAUAAUCAGUAGUUGUAUAGGCAUAUUUGAUAUUUCAUGGAAUGUAUUAAUACUAUAUUUUAAUGGUGAAUUAGUUAAGAAAAGUCUAACCAACUAGUUACAACAUUAGAUAUAAAAAAACAAAACUCCUAUGAUUGAUAUAUGGCCCACCAGCGGUCAGUCUGAGGUUCAAAUCCCAUGAAAGGGCUGGCUGUAUGGAUGUUUUCAUGGUUUUCUCCAUGUGUAACGUGUAUACGAGCCAGUUUUCCUUAGAAAGCCCUCCACGAAGGCAUCCCUCCCGUAAUUAAAUAACCUAUCCUAUGAUUGAUAGCAUGAACACUAAAAUUAUGCCAAUUUACAGAAAGUUAUAUCUCUCAGAUAUGUUCUGACUUUUCAGAAAAGUGAAAGAUGCUUUUAAGAAGCUCCUUGUAUUCACUUUCUUGACAAGUAUGUUCUCAUGCAAGGCAACUAUUGAUAUUUUAUAUUAUUUUUUCUAAUUCAUGUUAUAUUAUUUCUUCUAUGUAAAGGGAAGGAUGUUGGACUUAAACCAGAAAACUUGUAUUGAUAUUAAAAAUGUAUGUGGUAGAUUCUUAAUAUAUUGUGAUAUUACAUAGUUAAUGUUGCAACAGAUGGAGCUUUGCAUAUAUGUGUGCUUAUGAUGGGAGAUAAAGCAUCAUUAACACUUACUGAAAAUUAUCUAGGUAUGUAGAAUUUAUGCCAAUUCAUUGCAUUUUUUAUUGUGAAUACCUGGCUGCCAGGUACUUUAAGAAUGAACUUAUCAAAUGUGUUUCAGAAGUUGUCAGUUUAGACAUUUUAUUGAAAAGGUGGAGCUUUAUGAUUGAUGGCCAUUCUCCUGCAUUAUAAAGUAAUAGAAUAUAAUAAAUGGAGACGUAACUGUAUCAUGACUAUAUCAUGAAAGAAGAAGAAUAUGAACAGCAGUAUGAGUCUGCAGAUAUCUUAAAGUUCAUGUUUCUUCACCUAACAAAAAGUAUUUUGAAAAUAAGAAAUAGAUAUGUUCUAAUAUUAUAACAUAUAUCUCAUAAUAAAUUACUUAAAAAUUCGCAGCUGAACAUUCCACAGAAAAGAGGGGGGGGAAAUAUGUUUAUCACAAGUCAUAUUUCUAGUUUAUGUUUUGAUCAGCCAAUUAUUAGCCUUUAGAAUUGGACACGAUUUCUUGAAAAACAUAUUGUGAUGAGGCUCCAUUUAAUUUCCCAAGCUUUUUAAAUAGCAAAUAGAGGCUUGGUACUGAAACCGCAGGGAAGAAAAGCUGCCUUAGGUUUCUUAUGAAAGAAAGGGUAAAAAAUAAAUAAAAAUAAAAACAAAGAUUAAACAAAGGUUAGUCAUUGUUAUUUUACUUCAGUGGAUAGUGUUCAAAUAAAUGGACAAUUCAAUUGUGAUAUAAGGAGAUUUAAUUUAUUUUCUUCAAUUAAAUACAUAAAGUUUUAUUCAAUAACAGUAGAGAAUUUUAGUUGGACAUGCAGUAAAUCAUAUUUUAGCACUGAGCAGUGUGCUGUUUUACAGAUUUUACAAGUAUAUUUUAUGACAAACUUAUUUUGUAUUUUAGAGCUUAAAAAUGACGUAUAAAAAAGCUAUGAAAUUUUUUGUAACUGUGCUGUAAUUCUAGAUUUUAUGCUGAGGUAUUCUGCAGGUUAAUUAAUACAGCUAUUAACUUAUGUUUGUUUACAUAAACUUUUCCCUAGAAUUGCAAAUCAAUAAUAAAUGUGGGCUCAAUUUCAGGGUAAUUAUAAGUGCAGUUUAGUCAGUAUUAUUAACUACCAGCAAUUGGAUUUAGCUUGCUUAAUUUAAAAGAUAUACAUAUAAUCCUUUAAUGUAGAUACAAAAAUCAACUUGAUUUAUAGAUGAUCGCAAGGUGAUAUGGAAUUUUAAAACUAAAAAGGUCUGCAAGGUACUAUGUUAUUGGAAGAUAAUUUGAUUCUUCUUGAUUUUCGAAGCACACUUUUACCAUUAUUGGCUGUGAUGUCAGAAUAGGUGUUAACAUUUCUCAAAUAUAUGAUACUAUUCUGGAAGAUACAGGGAUAUUGAUGCUACUUGAGAAAUAGGUUGAAAAUUGGGUGAGUUUCACAUUAAUUUUUCAAAAAGAGUUAGCUUAACACUUUUCGAUAGAUAAUUUGUGAAGUUUUAAUUUGCAUAACUCAGAAUCUAAUUGAGCUCUUUACGUACACAAAAAGUGACAUAUUACUACAAACCCUUCCAUCAGAUGUUUUUUUAUAACUGAUAUCAUAAAAAAUGUAUUUGCAUUGUUUUUAAAAUUUUGACUAGUUAACAAAAUUUUUCAAAAAUUAGUAAACACUGCUGAAAGAAAUAUUUUGCAUACUACCUUCAUCCGGGCUUUCAAUCUGUUAUCGUCAUUCAGAUUAACAAAAGGUAUGUAAUUGGAAAAUACUCAAAAGGCAAAAUCAAAUCAUCAGUCAUUUUUCUCUUAAAAUUAAAAUGCUUCAAUUGUUGUUUAAUUUUUUUUAUCAUUAUGAAGAAUUUUAUCAAUGUUAUCAUUCAAUUAAUCGUAAGUUCCCUGGAAUAAAAUUUUGUUUUUGCAUCUCA